GAGAGGAGCUGUGGAGGAGAAGCUCAGCAGUGUCGGACUGCCAGCCAGCCAGCCAGCCAGCCGGGCGGGACGGUGUGACAGAGGAGGAGAGGGAGAGGAGGAUUUAGGCUCUGCUGCAGAUACAGAGACAAGUUUAUGCAGCACAGGCAGAGGAAGAGGGUGAAAGGGUGAAAGGAAACCUUUGGAAGAUUCAUUGCAGAGGGAAAAGAGGGAAUCAGACUUGAGGACGACGGCAAGAUCAAACUCCCCACUGUGGCCCUCGAUCUUCACCUUCACCAUCACUUUGGCCCCAUGCUCACGGUGGGAUUCAGGAGUCGGGAUGGAGUGCAACAGAGACCAGACUAGCUGCUGCCCCCAACCUGUAAUCUGCAGAUGUAAGACUGCACCAGCAUCAGCUGCUGGCUGAGCACCUCUGAUCAUAUCUCAGCUGGGGGGCUUCAUGCCCUGGGACAGUCCUGGGAGAUAGAGGGAGGAGGUGGUGGAGGAGGAGGAGCAGGCAGCAGGGAGGCUGGCUCAGAGAAGUGGUAGAGGGUGGUGGUUUAGGCUUCCUGCUGUAUUUUGGGAUGUGGGAUCUCCUGAAUUAAGCAAGCAAGCUGGAAUAAAGAUGUAGUGUGAGCUGGUGGAAGGAGGGGGACUGAACAAGGAGAGCGCUGUGCUGAAGGAGAGGAGAGGGCUGGACGUCCCGGCCGGCUAGACGGACGGACCGGGUGGACGGAGAUCUGGGGGGAGUCCUGAGGGGGAGACGAAGACGGAGGCUCCACUGGAUCAGGAUGAUGCCCUCUCGCUGCAGGAAUGCGCUGAACAUCGUGGUCACCACCCUUUUCGCUGCGGUGGUCCUCUUCACCAUCCUGCUGGCCUAUGUCACAGGUUACCAGUUCAUCCACACUGAGCAGCACCACCUCUCCUUUGGCCUCUAUGGUGCCUUCCUCUCCCUCCACCUCUUCCUCCAGAGCCUUUUCGCCUUCCUGGAACAUCGGCGGAUGAGAAGCCCUGCCCGGCCUCAACACCUCCGUCGUUCUGUAGCCCUCUGCAUCGCUGCCUACCAGGAGGACCCAGACUACCUGAGGAAGUGCCUGCGCAGCGUCCGCCGAAUCUCCUUCCCGGGACUGAAGGUGGUGCUGGUGGUGGACGGAAACCGUCCCGAGGACCGUUACAUGAUGGACAUUUUCCAUGAGGUGAUGGGCGGGGCUGACCAGGCUGGCAGCAUGGUGUGGAAAGGAAACUAUCACAGUGAUGGGAGUGGAGGAGGAGGUGUUGGAGGUGGAGGGAGGAGCACAGUGCACAUGGAGGAGGCAGCACGUGUCGCUCGGCUCGUCAGAGGCUGCCUCUACUCCUGUAUCAUGCAGGAGUGGGGAGGUAAAAGAGAGGUGAUGUACACCGCCUUUAAAGCACUGGGGGACAGUGUGGAUUAUGUGCAGGUGUGUGACUCCGACACAGUUCUAGACCCAGCAUGUAGCAUAGAAAUGCUGAAGAUUCUUGAGGAAGAUCCGAUGGUGGGAGGGGUCGGUGGAGAUGUGCAGAUCCUUAACAAGUACGACUCGUGGAUCUCCUUCCUCAGCAGUGUGCGGUACUGGAUGGCCUUCAACAUUGAGCGGGCCUGCCAGUCCUACUUUGGAUGCGUUCAGUGUAUCAGCGGGCCUCUGGGAAUGUACAGGAACUCUUUGCUCCAGCGCUUCCUGGAGCCCUGGUACCACCAGACCUUCCUGGGCUCCAAGUGCAGCUUCGGUGAUGACCGCCACCUCACCAAUCGGGUGCUCAGCUUCGGCUACAAGACAAAAUUCACAUCGAGAUCACAGUGCCAGACUGAGACGCCGACCCAGUAUUUGCGGUGGCUCAACCAGCAGACUCGGUGGAGCAAGUCUUACUUCCGUGAGUGGCUCUACAACGCCCUGUGGUUCCACAAGCACAGCCUUUGGAUGACCUAUGAGUCUGUGGUCACUGGCUUUUUCCCCUUCUUCUUGGUCGCCACGGUCAUCCACCUCUUCUACCGUGGAAGGCUGUGGAACAUCCUGCUCUUUUUAUUGACAGUCCAGCUGGUUGGGAUGGUGAAGGCCACCUACGCCUGUUUCCUGCGUGGCAGUCUGGUCAUGAUCUUUAUGUCCCUCUACUCUCUGCUUUACAUGUCAAGCUUGCUCCCUGCCAAAAUAUUCGCCUUGCUCACCAUCAACAAGGCCGGAUGGGGCACUUCAGGCCGCAGAAAGAUCGUGAUCAACUUCAUCGGUGCUGUGCCUGUCACAGUGUGGACUCUAGUGCUGCUCGGAGGUGUGGUGUAUACAAUCUACUGUGAAACACAGGAGCCCUUCAGUGAGACAGAAAAAGCCUUGUUGAUAGCAGGGACGAUACUCUACGCCUGCUACUGGCUCAUUCUACUGGUGCUGUACCUGGCGAUCGUAGCCAAACGGUGUAACAAGAGGGAAGAGCAGUAUCACCUGCCCUACGCAGAGGCAUAAAACCGUUUCCAGAGAGACUGGUAGGACAUUUUCGCCGAGUUUCACUGCAGUAUGAUUCUAGCAGGGUCUUUGUUGACACUGUGAACUGCUCGAGUGAUGAGCUGUGAACCAGGAACACACUCACAUCUUCAUCACUGGUGCUAAAAAGGUCUGAAUCAGAAAUCCGAGCAGUAGGAAUCUAAUCCGGUUGUGGAUGACUGGAUCCAUGCAGCUCUCCCAUCUAUAUCAUGCUCUAUGGUGCUUCACAUUGAAAAACCAAACCAAAUGGAACUGAUCAAGUUUAUUGAGUGUUCAUACACUUGUAAUUGUGACGUGCUGAGAAGAACAUUAGGUAGUUUAUGGGUACAGACUAGCUGUAAAACUGUGACAAAGGGGUGUUUUUUUGCUUUAAAUCUAAAGCAGAGACGUAAACGUGAUAAAGGUCUUACUUAACUGGUCGAUCCGUUUUUCAUGUCCUUCAUUUUAAUAAAGAUGAAAUGGGAUAAAAUACGAUGGAGGUAAUUCUCUCAAAUUAGUCAAAGCAUCUCUAUUUCAAGGAGUGCAUCUUUAAGUUUUUCAGACAGAACGCAAAGCAAAUUUUAGUGGAGCCAACUGAAAAAACAAAACAAAAUAUCAGUAGCUAUGAUGAAUUUGAAAGGUGCGUCUGUGCAUUCGAAUGUAAAAAUGUGAAUUCAUGAAUAUACUUUAUGAUGAAAGUAUAGAGAAAAAGUAAAAAGAAAAUAACAUGAACUGUUUGUUGUGAAAAUCUGGUUUGUGUUCUGUCUCAACACACCUCAAAGCAUAGGUCAGGAUUUUUACAAGUCUGUCUUAAUACAAUACUAAUAUGCCAUAUGUCCCAUAUUGUUACUGUAAUAGUUCCUGCUGUCUGUAGUUAGCCAUGCAGUGAUAUCUUUUUAAUGCAUCUAUAAUAGUAAGCAAUGGAUCACAAAGUCCACGACCCUCAUUUUUAGUAUUUAUUUAAAUAUCAAGUAUUUAUUACACAUUACUCAUCAGGCAGUUACAUUACUUUACCUAUGAUCCAGCAGCAAAAGAAAUGCCUUAAAUCACUCAUUACAUUACUUGAUUCAGUGUUUCCUGAACGUAAACUUGCAGCUAAGAAGGCACAAUAGAUGCAUUUCUCCUUUUUUAGUUGAGGCCAACCUUUGCGUAUCACCAGUGUGAUACACAGUGUAGCACUGGUGAUCCUCCAUAUCAGGUUAACAUAUAAAUCAUCUACUAAGAAAACAAUGCAAUCAUGUAUCCUUGGGGAAAAGACUGUAGGGCUGCAGGUGUAAGGUUGUCACCAGCUUUUUGUUUAUUUUAGAGUGACAGAUUGUAACAGCAUAGUUUUAGGUUAAUCUCUGGGGGAAACAGAGAACAAGCUGACCUUAAAAUUCAAGGAGCGUUUCUGUCAAACACUAUAUGAGGCUUCAGCAGCGCAGCUCUUUUCACUUUAUCCCCCAAGUUUUUACAGUGUAGCCCCAUUAGGAACGUACAGUGUGGACAGCAGGAAGGAUUACAGCUACCUAAAACUCUAUCAACAUACACAUGGGCAUGUGAGUAUCAAGACAGACUUAGAGAAUACGAACUUAUCCUGUAAAAGUGUUCAUAUCAUGACAAAGACUGCAGCUGAACGUUACCAAUAUUCAGGAGAAGUUCUUGUCACACUACUUGCAAUUGGAUGUAAAGGUGUGGAUGUCUUCAGGGCUUCAGACUGAGACAUCUUUAUGUGGCUAUUCCUCAGACCAGCCCUCAUGUAUUCUCAUCAGCCAUGAACAGCACAAUCAUCUGCUCUAGCUGUAUGUUUGUGGAGCAGCUAUGAUUUACCAGAACAGACAAUCUAAUAUUUCUGAACAUGUAACAUGCAGCUGUAUUUUUGGUGCUGUUGGGCGGUAACUUAUUGUCGUACAUCGUGGUCCAAUUCUCAGUUUACAGUCACCGGUGUGGGUCGUAGUUUUCAUUCAGUGCUUCGGAGGUUUUUUAUAUGGUCACUUUUAUAAACUGUAAAGGUGCCAAAUUAUGUUUGUGUAACAGUGAAGAUUUACUACUGGACACUAUUCUCCUAACGUUGGAUCUCUGUGUCCUUUUACACUAGAUGUAGCCUUUGUUUAUUCAUUGCUUCAACAACAGUGUGAAGACUGAAGACCAAAGAGAUUUCUUCUGAAGUGAGAGACUUGAGAGCUUUGCUUUCACUCUGUUUUCUGUUUUUUUUUUUGUUAAAUGUAAUUAUUAUUUCAGAUCCGACAGAUUUGGUUCUGGUAUGUUUCAAUAACACGCAGCGUGAAAUGCCAUCAGCAUAUCUGUGCCUACACUGACAGCUGUCUGUUUGCUUUGACAUUUCCUCUUUGUGUCAUUUAAGUUAAAGGUCCAGUGUGUAAGAUUUAGAUGGCCUAAUAUUCGUAAAUAUCUUUUCAUUUGUGUAUAAUUACAUGUUUCUACAGUAGCCCAGAACAAAAGACAAACACUGGCUCUACAAAGUCCUCACAAGUUUUUCACGAGUUUCGUGGCACUGUAGUUUCUACUUCACGCUCGGUGAGGGACACUAAGUCCUAUACAAUGGACCUUUAAGUUCAUAUGUAUAUGUUUAAACUUGAAAGUUCAAAAAGGACACAUACUGUACAUUCAAUGGAAAUUGUGUUUACAGGCUUGGUUGGCCUUUCUGAGGGUUGUUUCCAUCUCUGUGCAUCACAGGAUAUUGGAAUUUUCCUAAGUCAUUAAAAAUGCGUCCUGUUUCGGACACAAUCUUCCCAUUCAUACCAAAUAAGAGAAUGUCUCCAUGAUUUCAGUGACUGCAUUGACAUUUUUCUCCAUGCCGCCCUUUUUUC